AGAAGGAGCGCCGGCGAGAAGAUCAUUGGCUACGGGAAAGUCACGUGACCCACUAGCGGUCGAAACAUGCACCGAUAAUCGGCAAUAGUAAAUUUUUCGAUCGGCUCUCAGAAUGAAAUAAAGUUUGGAAUUCGAAAGAUGCAGAAGGGUUAUUGCGACCAAAUGCCGACGUUUCAGGGCUACUUUCCGAACGAGAAUGGUGGUUUCAAAUACGAAAACUCGUUCGCUUACGGAAAUACUGCUCCGGAUAACGCGGGAAGUUAUUACGGACAGUCGAGCUGUGCGGUGCAGAGCCACCUGACUUCGGCUAACCCCGACAACUGCCCUACCCUCGGAGAUUACAAUGACCAGCCCUACAGCAGCUCGUGCAUGCAGCCCCAGGGGCUAUCCUGUGGGCCGGGACUCGCCAUGCACCCUAGCCCGCCCCAGUGCAAGCAGGAGAUUUAUCCGUGGAUGAAGGAGUCUCGACAGAACGCCAAACAACGGCAGAGUUUAGCAGAACCGUCCAAGAGGGCGCGGACCGCCUACACGAGCGCCCAGCUGGUGGAACUGGAGAAGGAGUUCCACUUCAACCGGUACCUGUGCCGUCCUCGCAGAAUAGAGAUGGCCGCCCUGCUCAACCUGACGGAGAGACAGAUCAAAAUCUGGUUCCAGAACCGGCGGAUGAAGUACAAAAAGGAACAGAAGAUCAAAGGCGGGAGCGAAAAGAGCGGCACGAAAUCGGAUGGAAGUUAUUCCGGAAGUGACACCGAAGGGAACUGUGGGUCGAUGGACAUACCCCCUGGCGGCGUCAGCGGCGGCGGCGAGACUCUACCGGAUGUUGGGGGGAUUCCUCCGCAGCAUAUGUCUAACCCGUCUCACAUCUCCCCCCAGCAACAGUCGUCCCAUUCCCCGCCCACGUCGUGUGAACAACAACAACAACAACAGUCCCUCGGCCACCCCCCUCAACACAACCAGUCCCAGGGUCACGGCGGAAUGCAGCUCCCCCACCAAGUGAGCCCCGCCCCUCAGAGAGAAAGUCCAGGGCUGCAGGUGAAAGGUCAUCAUUCUGUCGCCGCUCACCACCAGGCCAGUAUGCAGGGGUAUCAACAGAGUGGACUUUUCUUGUCAAAUAAUAAUAAUAAUUCGACCAGGGUUUACCCGGAUGGAAACAUGAUGCUGGGGAAUGUGUAUCCAGAGUUACCUCACAUGGACGUCCGCCAGGCGCAAUGCAUGACGGGUCCAAUUAACUGCUCAGUGUCGUCAAUGUACCCGCAAGGUCCUUACGAUUAUAUUCCCAAAUUGACACAUUUAUAGAAAAUUGGACUUUUAAAGUUGUGUACUUUGAAAAAAAAAGAAGAAAUGGCACAAAAAAAAGUAUAUGUGUUUUAUUAAAGCUGCAGUCUCGA